AUGUUGUCAUUGCGACUGGCAGCAUCGUUACGUCAUUGCGGAUCUUCAUUAGUUCUUCAACACACUACAAAAUGGCUAGCAGAGAAGUUUGACAACUUCAUCGAUUAUUUCAACAGACCAGAAAUUGAUGGCUGGGAAGUGAGUAAAGCUCUCACCGAGCUUCACGACUACGAUGUCAUACCUGAUUCCAAAGUGGUAGAAGCGGCUUUUCGUGCUUGUCGUGGCGUUAACGAUUUCGCUCUCUGUGUUCGAUACUUGGAAGCGAUUAAGAGCAAGUGCGGAUCAAAGAAAAAUAGAGAUGUCAUCUACACAUACAUAAUCAAAGAGGUCAGACCGGUGCUUGAUGAACUUGCAUUUCAACCCCAGAAGAGCCGGACUACGACAUGCCCGACUUCUUCAUUCCUGAGCCUGAGAAAUAAUUACAACGACCUUACCUCUAACAUUAUCUUUCAGCUAAGGAUGACGUGUUGCAAAGUAGAUUUAAAACCACUGAAAUUGAUGAAACAUCUUUCACCUACAAGGACCAUUAAGAUUUUUGAUGUUGGCGGACAAAGAAGUGAACAGAAAAAAUGGAUACAUUGUUUCGUAGGCGUUACAGCUGUAAUUUUCUGCCUAGCUAUAAGCGAAUACGACAUGGUCUUGGCUAGAAGACAUGAGAAGAUGAACCAGAUGAUGGAAUCAGUGGAAUUUUUUGAUUCAAUUUGCAAUAACAAAUGGUUCACAAAGACUCCAAUAAGUCUGCCUUUGAGCAAGAAGGAUCUUCUUGAGAAAAAAAUCAAGCAAUCGCCUUCAGCACAUCGCUUCCCCGAAUACGUCGUGACCUCGCACGUUCCCGUGCAGUGCCAACAACAUGAGAAUGUUGUUGCACAACAUGUGGCCUUGUCGGAUCCAACAAUGCUGCGGUAUUAUUGUACACCGAGGAAGGUCAUUUGUGAUAUCAUUUCCUUGAAGUGUAGUUUGGUGGACAACGCUGCUUACAAAGGCGACUUACUGCGGUGUGCUGAAUGCAUGCUUUGCAAGGCCUCAGAGACUGUCUUUGUCGAACAUGAACCAAGUAAUUCAUCCCUGCUAUUCUGCUCAUACCGCUUUUUGAACCAUGAUUCAAGUCACUCUAUGUCGUUGUUGGAUUCCAAUGAAUUGACAACUGCUAUGGAACAACAUCUCAAUUUUACCCCUCAGCAUAUUGAUGUAAAAGAGCCGACAGAGCAUAGCCAUAAAGCUGAACAUCUCUAUAGCCGAGUAGCGUUGUGUUUUGCGGUAAAGGUCUCAGCUUAUUAG